GCUUUUCGCACUGGCAACCACAAGCCUCGAUGGACGGGCGGGAGAAAGCUCGGAUGCUCUGAGAGGAUCUAGGUUUGCGUUUGUUGUUUUUUUCUCCCUAGCCCCUGGAAUAACCACCAGGGAUGUCCGGAAUACAACCCGAGGAUGGUUCCCCUCCGUGCAGAAAUUGGACGAGCGGGUCGGAACUAAACGAAACGCGGGAGGCUCUUUUAACUCCUUCCUCCGACUACGAUGAUGAGGAGUUCCUGCGAUACCUCUGGAAGGAGUAUUUGCAUCCCAAGGAAUAUGAAUGGGCGCUGAUCGCCGGCUACAUCGUCGUCUUCAUAGUGGCUCUCGUCGGGAACGUCCUGGUUUGCAUUGCAGUGUGGAAGAACCAUCACAUGCGGACAGUUACCAACUAUUUCAUAGUGAAUCUUUCUCUGGCUGACAUUCUGGUCACAAUUACUUGUCUUCCAGCAACUUUAGUUGUGGACAUCACAGAAACGUGGUUCUUUGGGCAGACCCUGUGCAAAGUGAUUCCCUACUUACAGACAGUUUCAGUCUCUGUGUCUGUACUAACACUCAGCUGCAUUGCUUUGGAUCGAUGGUAUGCAAUUUGUCACCCUUUGAUGUUUAAAAGCACAGCCAAGCGAGCAAGGAACAGCAUUAUAAUUAUCUGGAUUGUGUCCUGCAUCAUAAUGAUUCCUCAGGCUAUUGUUAUGGAGUGCAGCAGUGUGUUCCCAGGAUUAGCCAAUAAAACCACCUUGUUCACAGUGUGUGAUGAGCACUGGGGAGCUGAGGUUUACCCCAAAAUGUAUCACACAUGCUUUUUUCUGAUGACAUACAUGGCACCCCUGUGUCUUAUGGUGUUGGCCUAUUUGCAGAUAUUUCGAAAGCUGUGGUGUCGCCAGAUCCCAGGAACUUCUUCUGUUGUUCAGAAAAAAUGGAAGCCUCUGCAGCCCUCAGCACAGCCCCGAGGGCUGGGACAAUCAACAAAGUCAAAGAUUAGCGCUGUGGCAGCUGAAAUAAAACAGAUUCACGCAAGAAGGAAAACAGCACGUAUGCUGAUGGUUGUCCUCUUGGUUUUUGCGCUUUGUUAUCUACCAAUUAGCAUCCUCAAUGUCUUGAAAAGGGUUUUGGGGAUGUUUAAUCAUGCUGACGACAGAGAAACUGUAUAUGCCUGGUUCACAUUCUCACACUGGCUUGUAUAUGCAAACAGUGCAGCCAAUCCUAUUAUUUAUAACUUCCUCAGUGGGAAAUUUAGAGAAGAAUUUAAAGCAGCAUUUUCCUGUUGCAUCUUUGGCAGCCACCACGACGAACGGUUCACCAGAGGUCAUGCCAGUACAGAGAGUCGGAAGUCCUUGACCACCCAGAUCAGCAAUUUUGACAAUGUUUCAAAACUUGCAGAGCACGUUGUAUUGAACAACAUAAACACAAUUCCAUCAAAUGAUAUCCCAGCUGUGCUCAACCCAUUGAAAUCAAUGGAACUGCAUCUCCACAUACCAGGAAUGAACAUGACUUCAAAUAUAGAUGAAGCCAUGAGGGUUUCUGCAGAAGACACUCUCAACACAGAGAAUGCAGAGUGGGAUAAAUUCAUCCCUAGUAUAACUAAACUUACCUCGAUGGAGUUACAGCAAGGAUGACUUUGGCUCAAUACACUACGACCACCAGAGAGCGGCACAUGUUUUUGGGUGUGGUACAGACCACAGCAACUGGAUAAAGGGAUUCCUUCAAAAUAACUGCCUAUCCUAUUUUUCUCAGUCUUACAGAAACCUACUUACCUCAGU